AGUCAAGUAUUUGUUUUUCAUUUUAAAUUUAAAGCCUUACGUAACACUUGGUGGGUAAAGACUAUACAGUAAGUACGAGCCAUUUCGUUUGAGGAUUAGCUCAGCCCCCCCAGGUGGUGGGAGGUUGUUUCAAUAAGGCCGCAAGGUCAAUAUAAUCAGGUGGAUUACCUGUCACAGGUGUUAGUGGGGAGCUAAAUAGUUUUUGAACAUCAGCGAGGAAGGUGAGCGUGACAGUGAACGUGGAAGAGGCGUAUUAAGAUCAUUUGAUGGCGUCACAAAAUAAAGGACUAUUAAAGACAAGUGGAGAUGUCUAAAGUAUUUAAAUCAAAACAAACAAACACCAACCAAGGGGACCUCACUGUGAUAGGCAAAAAGGGUACAGACUAAAUGCCUAAUUUCAGCAAGAGAAAUAAUACAUUGUGAUUAAGUGCACGGGGUAUAAAUUGCAGCCCCCUCUCUUAAUUACAUUGCAGACUAAUAAUCAAACACGUGAUUCAAUUCAGCUGUUAACGCAACAUUUCUCCAGCUACCUCUCUCAAGUGACACGUGGCUAAAGAUAGAACUGCGCGUUCUUACUCGACCAGAGAGGCGAACCACCGGCUGUCUGUGCGCGUUCACUUCAGUGAACCGAGGUCAUUCCCCGACCAUGAUUUGUGCAGGAGACGACGACCCGUUCCCCGUCGAAGAUUGUUUGUUUGCGGAAACAUUUACACAAGACACCGCGUUUUCUUUAUUCGGCCAGGAGCUGAGGAUCCAGCAAGUGUUUGGUGCCAACCUCGGCGUGGCCGCCGCGGUCUGGGAGGCUGCGUUACAGCUUUGCAGUUACCUGGAGGAGCGGUCGGCGGAGGUGAGAGGGCGGCGCGUCAUAGAGCUGGGGGCAGGAACCGGUGUGGUCGGUAUCUUUGCUGCACGACUCGGUGCAAUCGUGACGCUCACAGAUCUUCCUUUGACUCUCCCACAACUUCGGGCCAACGUCUCUGCUAACAUGCCAUCCAGUGGUUGGCCUGCCACCCUUCCCACCGUCCUCCCUCUGUCCUGGGGCCAGGACCACAUUAACUUCCCUUCUGACUGGGAUCUGGUGCUCUGUGCAGAUAUAGUUUACCUCCCGGAGACUUACUCGCUGCUGGUGAAGACACUAGUUCAUCUGUGCAAGAACACAACCGUGGUAUAUCUAUCGUCCAAAAUGCGGAAAGAGCACGAGACUCCACGUUUCUUUGAAGAAUGUUUGCCGAGCAGAUUUAAUGUGGAGCUUGUACAUCGUGAUGACGGUCAGAAUAUUAAUAUCUACAGGGCGUCUCUCAGGAAAGACCAGUGACAGCACAGGCAGCCUGUCCCAGGACCUGGAUUAGUUACAGCACCAGUUAUGACCCUCUUGGCUACCUUUUUUAAAGAAAUGUUUUAUUUCCAACCCAUAACCAUAUGAAGAUGGGUUUAAAAAAAAACAUUCAGGACCAGUUACUACGGUAAUACAAGUGCAAGUUGCCAACAGCCUUACAUUUUGUUGAUAAAAUCUGAAAUCCGUUCUCAACUCCUCGUGUUUCGGCUUGUUUCGUCUGAGGUAGGACCAUCUCUGCCGUUACAGCAUCAGGUUUCAGUGCAGGUCGGCUCACAAUGGAGAUUUCAGGUUCUUUUUAUUUCUUUAUUUUAGUUCUUUGCUAUCAUUUAUGCACAAUAUAGAACAUCUGAUCAAAUCACACCCACACAAUCCAGAUGAUGCGGAUUCAUUUUGUUUGAUUGAUGCAAUAAAAAAAGCGUAUGGU